UCCGUCUCUCUCACCCCCCACACAACACACCUCUCUCUGCUCUGCUCUGCUCUGCUCUCUCUCUCUCUCUCUCGCUCUCCCUCAGUCUCUGUUGUGUUUCUGCUUGCUGUUUGCUCUUUCCAUUGCUCUUUCCAAGCCUCUGGAUUGAGCGAUUUCUUUGGUACUCCAAAGGGUCCUCCAAAACCAUCUCCCUCUUCCUAAGUCCAUUCCAACAAAGAAAAAAGAAGAGACGUUUAUGGGGAUGACCCAGCAGAAUGUGGCCGGCUGCGGCAGCGACGGCAGCUCCGGCAUCGACAUGGUGACGAACUUGUACACCGCCUCCCUGCCAAUGUACACCGCCUCUCUGCAGAAGCCGCCAGUCGUGCCCGGCAGCGGCUUCAUCAAGAUCUCGAGGAGGAAGCUGCUCAAGAACCUCGAGGUCAAUACUGCUCAGAGGAUCAAUUCCUGGGUCGACUCGAUGAAAGCUUCUUCCCCGACCCAUACGAAGUCCCCGCAUUCUCUGGCUGAAGACAACAACAGUUCUUGGAUGCACCACCAUCCUUCGGCUCUGGACAAGUUCGAGCAAAUAAUCGAUGCCUCCCAGGGGAAACAAAUAGUGAUGUUCCUGGACUAUGACGGGACCCUCUCCCCGAUAGUCGAUGACCCCGAUCGAGCUUUCAUGUCCAGCAAGAUGAGAGCCACGGUUAAAAAGCUUGCUGGGUGCUUCCCUACCGCAAUUGUGAGCGGAAGAUGCAGAGACAAGGUGUACAGUUUCGUGCGGUUGGGUGAGUUGUACUACGCAGGAAGCCAUGGUAUGGACAUUAGAGGCCCAGCAAAAGGCUCAAAAUACAAGAAGGGUAAUCAACCCGUUCUCUUCCAACCGGCCAGCGAGUUUCUUCCGAUGAUUGAUGAGGUAUACAAAGAACUUGUAGAGAAGACUAAAUUGACACCGGGAGCUAUGGUGGAGAACAAUAAGUUCUGUGUGUCCGUGCAUUUCCGCCGCGUUGACGAAAAAGAAUGGACUGAAUUGGCACAGCAGGUUCGGUCCGUGAUCAAGGAGUACCCGAAGCUUAGACUGACUCAAGGAAGAAAAGUAUUAGAAAUUCGACCAACCAUCAAGUGGGACAAAGGGAAGGCCCUUGAAUUCUUAUUGGAGUCACUUGGGUUCGCGAAUCGCACCAACGUAUUUCCUGUUUACAUCGGCGACGACCGGACCGACGAGGACGCGUUCAAGAUAUUGAGAGAUAGAGGACAAGGUUUUGGGAUUCUUGUCUCCAAAUUCCCAAAGGACACCAAUGCAUCUUAUUCUUUACAAGAGCCAGAAGAGGUCAUGAAUUUUUUGCAACGAUUGGUUGAGUGGAAGCGGCUAAACUGCUGUAGGCAACAGAAGGUGUAGAUUAAGGAGCGGGAAUAUUCGAGAGAUUGCCCCCAACGGCCUUAAGAAUUUGUAUAGGCAUGUGGUGUCUUGUUCCUAA